GGAUUUGUAAUGUUCAAGCUGCUUCAAGUGCAUUCUGGGAAAAAAGUAAACUUCCGUUUCGGGAAGACUGUCUAUUUUUGUUAUCGUAUUUCGCGUUUUAAACGACUCUUAUCGUACCUAUGAGGUUUAUAUGAAGGGAAAAUCAUAAAGAAAAAGCUAUGAUUAAUAUAAGGAAGAAGUUAGAGGAAGCUAAAAAUAAUCCACAUAUUCGUAAGGACUGUGAUGGCAAUAUCAAACGGGCAUCUGUUCGGGACAGACUGCUGGUAAAAGAGGUCCAAGAAAUGGAGCAGACAUUACCAAAGGGUUGCCGUGUUCACUUUGACGACCCAAAUCAAUUGCACAAAUUCACGCUCAGUGUUUCUCCAGAAGAUGGUUACUGGGGAAAUGGUAGAUUUAAAUUUGAAAUCACAGUUCCAGAAGACUAUAAUAUUGUUCCACCUGAUGUCCAGUGCCUCACAAGAAUAUGGCAUCCGAACAUUACAGAAGAUGGGGAGGUUUGCCUUAGUUUACUACGACAGAAUUCUUUAGACACAUUGGGCUGGUGCCCCACUAGGAAACUUAAAGAUGUAAUCUGGGGGUUGAACUCAUUAUUUAGUGAUUUACUGAACUUCGAUGACCCUCUCAAUGUAGAAGCAGCUGAGCAUUACGAACGUGACAAGGACUCAUUCAUAUCAAAAGUUAAAGACUAUGUGUCGAGAUAUGCCAGGAGGUAGCACAGAAUGUAGGAUUUUAUAUUGAUGCAUAUACACCUGGUUUAUAAUGCUGACCUACACCUCAUUUGCUUCCAAAUCUUCUCUAUGGAUAGAACUGAUUCAGAUGGAUCAAAUGUGUCCCCAUUCCUGUUAACCUGUCCUUGGUGAACACAACUGUUGAUGCUUUGUAGUGUUGUGAACUGUUGGCCCCAUUGAAAAAAUGAAUCAUCAAUCAAAAU